AUGAGAAAGACACGCGGGCGGAGUUCUCCAUUCUGUCUGGAAAAAGUACGACCACGAGAAAAGCGAUGCGGGCGGUGUGCACCUUCGAUCCACUGGCGAACGCAGUGUGAAGGGCGCAAGGCUGGGUUUCAAUCACUGAGAGGCCGGACGACAAAAAUGAGUCGGUCGAUGAAGAGACAGGCCGGCUGGGGUACACGAACGCAUAUAAAACGGAGACGAAACGGGAAACAAUUUUCUCUUCCGGUCGAAAGAUACAGAAAAAGUACAACGACUCUUGUGUCGAAGCGGUUGACGCAGAAAUUUGUGUGGAUUGCGUUUUCCCAUGUGUACCGACACCGGAAUGGGCCGACACACAGAACGGCCAAGUUCAACGAAGGGGCGGGCACUGUGUUCUGCAAGCGCCGUUCUCGAAAGUGUGGACAAAAGGGGCCUUGCAAAACGAGAAAAAGGGAAGACGUGGGAUUCGCGUUAGUAUCCGAUUUUUAUUUUACCACAGAGACCGCGUUCCUAGGUUCUAUGCGGCGGAAACUGUCCGGGUCUGGCUGGCCCGUCUUGAAUGUUGCCGCGUUUUUCCACGACACAAACCCGAGUAAAACUCUAGGAAGAGGGCAUGUUCGACUCGGCUACUUGCGCACCUCUUCCACAGAGGGGCGAAGAACUACCCGUGAAGAAGAAUCACGGUCAGAAAGGAAAAAUGCCAGCGCGUUAUGUCGAUUCGGCUCACUUCGGCCGAUUGUCACGGCGUGA